AUGGAUGCCAACCAGGAACAGUACGCCACAUCAAAGUCUCAACCUUCAAAGCCAUCAAUGUCGACCCAAGACUCGUCAAGCUCGGCCGGCAGCAUGCCGUCUGCAAGCCACAGCGCAAAGCACACCGUCCCACUUCGACAGCUGCGGCCGGAACCACAGUGGAUCGACUGCCCCAAAUGCGGCCAGACGGCACAGACGCAGAUCCAGUGCCGCAGCGAGGGCAAGCAGAAAUUCAUGAACGUGUUUUGGUGGCCGCUCCCGGGACGGAAGCACUGGUGGGAGAAGACGCGCUGGCUCUGCGGGAACUGCAACGAGGAGCUGGCCAUGCAGAAGUUCAACGACGACUUGCAAAUCUUGGUCUAG